CGCCCACAAAAGCACCAUGCAGGGUUUCAGAUUUUUCUCCUUGAGCUGGAGGUGAACCGACUGGGAAGUGACUCGUGAAAUUGCUUGCCAGGAUGACCAAAGCGCGGCUCUUCCGUCUUUCGGUGGUGGUGGGUUCUGUCUUCAUGAUCCUGCUGAUUAUCGUGUAUUGGGAUAACGUGGGAACGGCUCACUUCUACCUGCACACUUCCUUCUCCAGGCCUCAUGGGGUGCUUCCUACUGUUGUCGGGGACGAUGGCCAGAGUUCUCUGUCAGAUGUUGAUGAGUUUCUGGAGAAACUCCUGACUUCUGAACUGAGGUACCGUGUUGAUCAGAAGACGGAGCAGCCGCCUUUGCCAGCAUCCAGCAGGCCCAUCAUCAGCAACUUGGAGGAGAACGUGAGGGGUUACGACUGGUCCACUCGUGAUGCCAGAACGAUGCUGGAUCAAGAGAAGACACAGGCCGAGAGACGGAAGACUCUGAGGGAAUUAUGUGCCAAUUCCAGCUUCGCCUUCCCAACCAAGGACCGCUCAUUUGAGGACAUCCCCAACUACGAGCUGAACCACCUGAUCGUCGACGACCGCCACGGCAUUAUCUAUUGUUAUGUCCCUAAAGUGGCGUGUACCAACUGGAAGCGGGUGAUGAUUGUGCUGAGCGAGAGCUUGAUGGACCAGGGUAUCCCCUACGGCGACCCCUUAGACAUCCCCCGUGAGCACGUCCACAACUCCAGCACUCACUUCACCUUCAACAAAUUCUGGCGCCGCUACGGCAAGUUCUCCCGCCACCUCAUGAAGAUCAAGCUGAAAAAAUACACCAAGUUCCUCUUUGUCCGCGACCCCUUCGUCCGACUCAUCUCGGCCUUCCGCAGCAAGUUCGAGCUGGAGAAUGACGAGUUCUACCGCCGGUUCGCCAUCCCGAUGCUGAAGCUGUACUCCAACCACACCAGUAUCCCUACCUCGGUCAGCGAGGCCUUUGAAGCGGGCCUCCGAGUUUCCUUUUCGGAUUUCAUCCAGUACUUACUGGAUCCUCGGACGGAAAAGCUCGCCCCUUUCAAUGAGCACUGGAGGCAGGUGUACCGCCUCUGCCACCCGUGCCAAAUAGAAUAUGACUUUAUUGGCAAGCUGGAGACCUUGGACGAAGAUGCGGCUCACCUGCUACAGCUUCUCAAAGUGGACGACCUCCUCCGCUUCCCUCCCAGCUACCGGAACAGGACAGCCAGUAGCUGGGAGGAAGACUGGUUUGCCAAAAUCCCUGUGGCAUGGAGGCAGCAGUUGUACAAGCUUUACGAAGCGGACUUUGUCCUUUUCGGAUAUCCCAAACCUGAACACUUGCUUAAAAACUGAACGAGACAGAACUGGAGGAAAGAGAGCAUUCAAAAUACCAAAAACACUCCAUGUUUCAAAAUACGAACCCCUCUUUUCCUCUGUUAACACACUCAAGUGUACUUUUCCUAUCUUGUGCACCGUUGUCUGGUUGCAAGAUCCACGGAAUGCCCUACUGGAUGAAUGGUUUCCCUUUUCCUUCAUCUGUUACUUUUCUUAAACAUAUCCUGUCAUCCUGCCAUCGAAAUACGACUUUCUCCAUUCUGCCAGUUUUCUUUUUUGAAUGCUUUUUAUUGAUACUUUUUUUUUUAAAGGGAAAGAAUUAAUAUAUUUAAAAUAUUUAAUACGGAGUCAGUUGUGCAAAAGGGGGAGUAAAAAG